AUGAAUGCCGCCGAGUUUCCUCGCUCAGCGCUCGAGGCCGAAGCGCACAUUUGUGAAAUCCGGAAGGCCAAAGGCCUAGAAGACGGUCCGGGGAGGUCCAGUAACAAUGCCGUAGAUCUCGAGGCGGCCCUCGAUGUUCUCUCUGCCGACCUCUACCAAACAUCAACUCAUUUUCUUCUAGAACUCAUCCAGAAUGCCGACGACAACCAGUACGAAGCGGUGGUGCCCACGCUACGCAUCUCCUACUCCCCUGGUAGCAUCCGUAUCGACUGUAACGAGCGCGGAUUCUCCCGCCGCAACGUCGAGGCUAUCUGUCGCAUCUGCCAGAGCACCAAGAGCGGCCGCAGCAAGAGUUCCGGCUUUGUUGGUGAGAAGGGCAUUGGCUUCAAGGCUGUCUUCAAAGUAGCUUCCACCGUCCACAUUGUCUCCGGGCAUUACCAGUUCAAAUUCGAGCGGGAUGGCUAUUUGGGCAUGAUCGCCCCGAUCUGGGCCCCAUUCCCAGAGGCGACGACUCCCGGAUGGACAUCCAUGAUCUUGCAGUUGGACAAGACCUGCGAUCAAGCUGCCAUUGUGAACGAGCUGCGGUUGUAUGAUGCGCGGGUUCUCAUCUUCCUACGGAGACUACGACGGCUUGAAAUUGAAAAGAAAGAUGCUUGGAAAACCUGGAAAAAGCCCGGCCUCUGGGGUAAAAACCAGGACCCCGAGAAAUUCCUCAAGACCACCGAGCCAUUGCGCACCGGUUUCAGCAAGGUACUCACUCGCCAGGAACAAUCUCCUUCGACGUCAGGUAACCCCUCCUCCAUGAUGAUGAAUCUCCACGAAAACGACAAGAAGAAGCAGUAUUUGGUCUGGCGGCACAUGGCCAGCAAGCUACCCGCGGACCCUCGACGACCCGGCAUAUCCAGCUCCGAGGUCGUCUUAGCCUUUCCCCUGGAACCGGACUGCCAGACCCCUUCUAUCGCUCCGCAGAGCGUCUAUGCCUUCCUUCCAAUCCGUAAGUAUGGCUUUGACUUCCUCCUGCAAGCUGAUUUCCUUCUCUCCACCAACCGAGAGGAAAUACAUGGCGACUCGCCCUGGAACAAUGCCCUAGUGGUCGCCGCAUCGGACGCCUUCGUCGAGGCGGCAUUGUACAUGAGCGGCCUCCCCAAGGAGAACCCCCUUCGGUACACUUGGAUCUUGUUCCUCCCGCAGACGGCGCCCUCGAGUCAGCUGAUGACGAACCUGCGGAACCGUAUGAUCCAGAGGCUGCGUACCACUCCGGUGAUCUACACGCGUCAGAGUGGCGGGGAGAGGAGGAAUCCCAAGCUGCUGACCCAUGUCCCGGAUCUCUUCUGCGACCGCUAUGGGAAUCCUUUCAUGCAGAUGCCGCAGGAUGCCCGGACAUUGGUGUCAGAGAAGUACGAUUUCUUGAAUACUGCCACCGAGGAAACCCGGCUGGGCGCGCUCCAACUGCUGGGCACCGGAUCCAUCGGCGAAGAGAGGUUCAUGGGCAUCAUGUCCGAUAAGCUGAAGCAGAACCCGAAAGCGUUUUUAGACCAGAAGUCCCCCGAGUGGCACGCCGACUUCUGCCGCGCGCUGUAUUCCAUCUCGUCUGAGACAACCAUCGCCCAACGUCUGGCCACCCUGCCCAUCAUUCCGCUCCGAGAUGGUACCUGGGUUCGGCAUUACAAAUCCACAGGCCCGUAUUUUGCCGACAGCGGUUCCGGGACGCCCGAAAUCCCAGAAGGCAUCAAUAUGCGCGUCGUUGAACCCAAAGCUGCCGCCGUCCCGGACCGCCGACGGCUCUUCGAAUACCUUGGCGUGGCUACAAUGCUCCACACCGACGUUCAGAACGCCAUCGUGGCAACGCAUCGGUCGGCCGUGUUCAAACCUGACGGGCUCAGGCCGGAAGUCCUGGUGUCGCAUCUCGCCUUCCUUUUCCGUUCCGGUUGGAAGAAUAACCCCAAGUCCCGAACGGACUUCUGGUUUGCCUCCGAAAAGGGUCCCUGCCGUCUAGGAAGCGCCAUGUAUUUGCCCUCCGACCUCCGCAGCGCCGCGUAUCAAGUCCUCCCUGCCUUCAGCCGGAAGGCGGCCUACGGAUCCCUCCACCGGGGGUACAUGGACGGGGGGGCAGUGGAAAUGGAGAGCCAGGACGAAUGGAUAGAAUGGCUUCAGGAUGCCGCAAAUGUCGCGCUAUAUCCUCGCAUCAGCGGUCAAUACUCCGCAGGCUAUUUUCUCCACCCAGACUUCAAACUUCUGAAGCCAAGCCCGCCCACCCCGUCGUCAUUGUGCUGGCUCAGGGUACUCCGCGACGGGUGGGAGUACUAUAAAACGUACCUCGACAUCUCCCUCGUGCCAGACGGCGCUGAUAGUUUGGAACGCACCGCGGUAUUUGGAUUGCUCUAUAAUCUGAGGGACACCGUCGUUCCUUGCCGGGGAUAUUCCUCGUCCGCCCCUCUCGACUCGGCGUAUAUGCCCGUUAAGAGCCUCAUGGGCCAGGCACCCGGGCUCGUUUCCUUCAUUGACAUCCCAGACCCGGAGAAUCCGGCGUGGAGGCCGGUCAUCAAUGUACUAAGAGUUCCGGGCGAGCCUUGCGUGCGGUUCUAUGCCGACUGUCUGCGCGGGUGUAAGGCUUCUCCAGACGUCUCACUGGACACAAUACGGACGUUUAUGCAGAAUAUCCAGGAGGAGGGACCCGCAAUCUCCGAUGAACUCUGCACUCUAUUCAACCGAGACAGCCUGAUCUGUAUUCCGCCCAGGCAGCAAGACGGCCAACGUAUCUGGGUCAAGCCUUCGGAGUGCGUGUGGGAAGGUGACGCAUGGAUGGCCAAAGUCCACGUUCUGAAGAAAUACUACCCGGAGUUCGAGGCCCUCUUUCACACCUUGCUCCGCAUCCCAAAUGCCGACAUCAACUACUUUGUGGAAGAAGCGGUUGCGGUGCCUUCGACGACGGCGGCGACCAAGUCAACACGACGUAUCGAGAGCAUCCUCCAUGCCAUCACAUCGCACGUGGUUCAAAACCUCAUCAACGUCCCCAGUCGGGACGAUGGCGGCUUAGAAUCCUGCUACAAGGAACGACUUUGCAAGGCGCAGAUGUUUCCCAUCGUCUCUGACCAGAGGAACCAACCUUACAAGAGGCUUUCCACGGUGGAGGACAAGGAGUCAUGGCUCAUAGCGGACAGGACUAUCUUUCGGACGCAGUUUGCGGGGGUCCUACCCGUUCUCGCUCUCAAUGCGGAUGUCGUCCUCAAAAUCCAGCCGUUGCUUCAGGCUCUUGGUUUGGAGGGUCGGCUUUUGAGUCGAGCUGCAACGAACGUCACCGAAGCCCAUGGCGAAGUGACCUUACUGGAAGAUUCAUCGGCCCAGUACCGGGAGCGCAGCAAGUUUCUGUUCAGACUUAUGCCCCCAGGCCAACCAAAUCAAGACCAGCUCUGCGCCAAAUUCCGCAGCGUCGACGUCUUCUCGGCAACCACGAUCCUGCAAUACUGGCGCGCACCGUUGGGGCUACAGCAGAUCCAGAGCGCCCAAACGAUGGGCACAGGGUUCCUAGAGUCGGACUACUUCGGCGACCUGCGCAUCUACAUGCCCACGGGUUACGAGACAGAGCCGCACCCUUUCGAGCUCGUAGAGCAGCUUUGCGAAUUCUUCAGCAUCCCCACUGAGCACCGCGACCUAGUUCUUAUUGCCCUGACAGCCAGAAUCGAGAGAGUAGAGGAAGUGUUCCUGCGUCGGGGCUUCGUAACGUUGCCCGAUGAGGGCCUGAGGCUUGGAGACAACGGUGGUGGUGAUGUUGGUGGUCCGUCUGAUGCCCACUCGGAUGACGGUGUUGGCUACGAGACCGCGGAAGAGGGAGAAGGGCAAGGGAAAGGCAAGGGGACGUCGCGGUUUAGCCGGCUUCUCAACCGGAAGAGGUUCCACCCGUCCUUCUUCAAGCAGGGGAACGGCUCAUCUGAGUCGCUCCCAUCGUAUAGUGCGGCCGUGGCCCGGACGGCGCAGGGCGGUGUUAUGGGCGGCAGGCUCGCGCCAACGAGGCAGCUUCCCGGCGCAUUCACGCUUCCAUCACUUAAGAGGACGAUCGGGGAGAUGGAGUUCCACCAAAAAGAGGGUGCGAUCCUCGGGCAACACACACGGCCGCUGACGCUGUUUGACCGCAUCGUGGGCCUUGCACAUCGGGACGCCGACGUGGGAGAGAUGAUUGUCUCCGACGCUCUGGGGGCCAUCCUGGGCCCACAAUAUAACUCCGAAACAAUGUGGACUCCGCGUUCCAAGAGGCGACCGACUACAUCGGCAUUCACGUUCGUCGACUCUCAAGGCCGCUUCAGCUCCUUCCUUAUGCGGCUCGAGGGGAGAACGGGCAAGGCGCAAGGGUACAAUAAGCUGAUGUACCACUUGGAUGUGAAAGCAAUGGAGCGGCCGCAGACGAGUGGUUUCCAGCUCACGCAGGCAGAACUGGACAGGGUAGGUUGCUCCUUUUGCUGGGUGCAUACUUUUCACCUUUGUCCCAACAGUGCCCGACAGUUCUCGAUCCACUCGGAGGAAGCAUUUUCGGACGAAGAACCAAACAAGCAUGUCUCUGUCCUGGUGCAUAUCUCGGAUGUACGGCGGCAACCUAAAAUCCUUUUCCUGGUUGAUCCGUGGGACCUGUUCAAGGACGGACUGCUGGUUCUUGAGACGGCCUCGACGUACAAGGCGAGCCUCCGGCUUGGGCGGCCCGGAGUGGGAGGGUCAAGCAGCCGGGGCACGGUGGAAGAGGGCGGAUUUGAUGCGGUUCAGAUCAGGCCGCGGAGCUCUCCAAGACCAGAGACGCAGGACGAAGCGCCACCGGACUACUCGAAUGACAAAGGGAAGGGUAUCGAGGGCCCGUCUUCGAGCAGGGGCGAAUAG